AUGGAAGCUUACUUGGAAGUAUAUUCUUUAGCAGAAUCGUGUCUUGCACCGAUUGAAACAAUAGUAACAUUAUUUACUGUAAAAUAUUGCAAUUCUAAAAUUAAUAUUAAAUUGAUACCAAGUAAACAGAAGCCUCUAGAACGAGCGUACACGAUAGAUAUUUCCACAUUUGUGUAUGAGGUUAUGGAUGCAAAUAAAAUCCUCUUUUCCGUGAGGUCGUGCGAGUUGCCAAUCAUUGUUGUAAAUAAAACUAGUUGUAUCGCUGGACUUUGUGCGAUACUACGUCAAAUAAUUAAAGAUGUCGUAGCAGACAAUCCGAAUCAUUAUUGCCGAAAAUUGUUAGGAUUUAAAGACUCGUGUUUAACGGCGUGCUCGGAAGCAAGCGUUUGGACAAAAUUUUGCGAGGUGGAUCUGAUUCAAACUCUAAAAUUUUUGCAUGCCGAUGGCUCGAUAAAAAAUGAACUGCCUUCCAGUAUGGCGAGAUUGGAAUGUCAUAUGUCGCAACCCGUCAGAUUGCACAAUCUAUACAAGUACGCGAUGUCUAAAAAGUUUGCCGACGAAAAUGCAAUUUCGCGAGACGAAAUGCGUUUGCCAGAACAUACAUACACCGAGGGCUCGCACGUGACACUGGCGGAUAUAAUUAUAUUUGUCUGUAUACAUAUUUUGUUGACUAUAUUUUCAAGCGAUGCUACGAUGAAGCUACUUCCAUUGACCGCUAAAUGGUAUAAAAAAAUGAUCGAAGAUCAAAUUAUAGUUGACUGUCUCGAAUGUUUACCGGUGUUAAGAAAUCAAGACGCGAAUGAUUUCAACUAUACUCUUCCUCAAGUAUUAAACCAAAGUUUGUACAAGAGCGAUCCGAAUAGAUAUAGACCGAAAAGUCGUGUUUAUACAAAACAAGAAGACGUAGAACAUUCAAUGGAAUUAUUUAAUACGUUAAAUGUGCAAACGACACUCGAUUUAGAACCAUUCGGUGCUGAAUUGAAUCUAGACUGGUCCACGGUGCCGUACGAUGCCACGCCAGAAGGUGGUUCACUGCCAGCAACACGAUUAAAAAAGAAGCACGAACAGUUACAAAACAUGUGCAAGCCUGUCAUGAAAUUGGCGAAAGCUGGAGACGUGAUCGUAGACUUCUGUUCCGGUAGUGGUCACUUGGGUAUCUUGGUUGCUUAUCUUUUACCAUACUGUAUCGUCAUACUGUUGGAGAAUAAAGAAGAAUCACUGAAUAGAGCCAAAGAAAGAGUGAAGAAGUUGAAGUUGACUAACGUAAAAUUCUAUCAAUGUAAUUUAGACUAUUUUAAAGGAGAUUUUGACAUUGGCAUGUCACUGCAUGCAUGCGGUGUCGCGACCGAUUUAGUUUUACAACAAUGCGUUAAGAGGAGAGCAAUUUUCAUCUGCUGCCCGUGUUGUUACGGAUCAUUGCACGAUUGUCAUCACCUGACAUAUCCAAGGAGCAAUGUCCUUAAAAAGCAAAUGGAUCAGGAGAAAUACAUGAUCCUGAGUCAUGCUGCCGAUCAAACGCACGACGAAAAAAAUGUUAAGACAAAGCAAGGGUACGAGUGUAUGGCGAUUAUCGACACCGACAGAAGGCUGCAAGCUGAACAGUUCGGCUAUAAAGUGUAUAUUUCUAAAUUUAUACCGAAAACUUGUACACCCAAACAUCACAUACUGGUAGGGAUUCCUAGAAAAAAAGUUACGAAUACAGAGCAUUCAAGUUAAUUGCGUUGCAUUUCUGCGAUUUCUAUAUUUUUAAUUUAUAUUGAUUUUGUGUAAGAAGAAAUUGGAAGUUAUUCUUGUUAUCGAAGAAACGGAUUUGCAAAUAAAAAGGCAUUUACUUACCUAAAGAGAUGUUUGUUAAAUGGUUGGUAGCGUGACGUCAUUAUUUACCUUAAACUACUAACAAAUCGUGAUAUUAUUGCGCUAGUUUUAUUAAUAAUUGUACGAAAAGAUUUUAUUCGUAUGUACAAAAAAAAGGAGAAAAGAAUUUUGAGGUAUACAAAUUAUUAGCGUUACGUCGGUGUUUUACAUAGUUUCGUCUAUUAUUAAGUAGCUAAGGGACGACAUGAAAUGAAAGAGGUUUCGUAAUAUACCAAGGAACUAGGGGAUAUUUACUUUUCGCUAUACCACUACAAGCGCUGAUUAUAUGCUUUCUUCGGAUAAUAUUUAAAUUGAAAUAUCCUUCCGCUUUAAUUUUUACCGUUCAACACUUUCAACACGCUUAAUUUUGGUCUCUCGAUAAAACGGGCUAAUGAAGAACGAAGAUAGACGUAUCAUUUACACAUUUUAUGUCUUCAAGGUUGAGUUUUGUGUACUAUUUACAAUUUCAGUCGUACGAGCACAGAUACACUACCACAGAGUAGGUUAGCUGUACCUGGUAUUCCUUUCACUUAAGUAAUAAGCUUACGUUUAAUCAACUUCACCUAUAAAGCUUUGUCCCCGCGUGAAAGAUAAUACACAUAACAUCAUAAACAUCAAGAGAUCUUAAUAAAUGUCAUAAGCUAAACUAACUUUGUGGAUGUAGCACGAUGCACGCAGAAGUCCGUAAACGUACCUCGGUACUCUUCUCAAAAGAUUUAGCAAUGUCAAUGACAAACCAUCGAAACUUAAUAUAUAUCCGUUCGUAGUAAAAAUGAUCUUUUACGCCUAAAGAUCGCGAACAAACAAGCCGUUAAAGACCUGCCUAAAAUGUUGCGACAGUCUGCGAACGAUAACCAUCGUGAGCUUCGUUUUAAAUGAAACUCGGAAGAAUCUAUCGUAUCGUUUAAAUGUGAAACGAAGCGUACAAUGUGUGCACGUUUUAAAUAAAAUUAACGUCUACGAAGAGUGUUCGACAGGUCUUUCUUGGCGGUUCGACUUUAUAUUUCCUUUUUCUUUUUCAUUUAUUUUCUCUCACUUAUACAUCGAAUUUCCUUUCGGCCUUUUAAUUUCGUAACAUAAAUAAAUUCACACGAAACGGAGAAAUUUCACUAGAAUGUGACCUUAUCGAAUUCUUGAAAUAUAGGAUCAAUUGAUGUACUCACCGAUAACAUCGUUAAUAUGAUACACGGAUAACUUGAGCCAGCCCAAUCAUUGUACUUCGUCGCGAUUUUUUUUCUUUCUUUUUCUUUUUUU